AUGCCUUCCAGUAGUCGGGACUCGGACAUCCACCCAGACCGCAUCCAAGCCCGGGAGGACCAAUACCGUCGCGAUGUUCAAGCCAGGGCCCCAUCUCCAGUCGCAAAGAGAGGCGUCGAUAUGACCGAAUUGGGCUCCAUCGGUGCCCAUUUUGACAUGUUUGAAUAUGAGCCUUGGCCUCAUAGCCUCGAGCUCACCGACCACGAUGCCCUGUCUGGCGGUUCCAUUCCCACGACGACGUCUACAAAUACUAGCAUCCACUCACCAAACAAUCCAGCAAGCAGCACUGCAGAUGGCUCGCCUAUAUCCCGCGCGUGCACUCCGAUGAAAUGCGACGCGUACCUUCCAGAACAUGAGUACGAGGAGCUACAACGGCAAAAUUCAGUUAACAAACGACGCCGAAUCUCUGUGUCAACCACUGUGGAGCCCAUGACACAGGAUGAACAUGACGAAGACGACCAUAUCGAAACGUACCGACCUUGCUUCUCCAGCCAUACACCGUCACAUUGCUCUCGAGCGUUGACGGACAAAGAAGGUUAUAUUGUGAAGAAUGUGGGGCCCAGUUCACCAGGACCUUGGUCGCAAUUUGGUAGAACUGUCGGAACGAGUGACCGCGGAGACCUUCGAUCGAAUGUUCUCCACUAUCAGGGUGUCGCUGAAUGA